GUAAAUUUGCGAAACCAUAACCCAAAGUAUUGCUCACCCACACAAGUGCAAGCGCGCGUACCUCGCGAGAAUUACGCAUGUCGCUGCGCGCAUAAGAUAAACGGCUUCCUGAUUUGUAUCACGUAGCGCUCCGAUCAAUAUUCACACACUGAAAGCACACUUACACACACAAAUAGUGGUAAAUGGAAGCGGAAAACACAUUAGGCGGCGAUGCCAAUGUUGACGGUAGUGGUGUAGAUGAAGGAGGAGGUGGAGGUGGUGGUGUUGCUAGUGCUGGUGGUUUUAAGAAUAGUGUGGCGCCUACAAGUGCUGAGGCAAUGAAAAAAGAGUUAGAACAACAAACAAAUACAACUGCGGGGGCGGCGGUUGUAAUGAUAAGCGAGCCGAGUGCUGAAGUUAUUAGGGCCCCAGCAGAGUUGGCCAACAGCAAGAACAAUAACAACAACAACAGUAAUAAUAAGCUGCAAUUGGAGAAUGAGCGCACCAUUAAACCUAAGUUGGAGCUGGAGCAGCAACAACAACAACAACAUCAUCAACAGCAGCUGGCCGUAAACAAAGCGGUGCUAAUGGAAAACAAUGUAAGUGCUCUCGGGAAUGGCGCGGCAAUAGAGGAGGGCCAGAAUAACAACAACACCAACAACUAUAACACUGAGCAAAUACAACUACAGCAGCAGCGGCAGCUGUCAGGCGAUGGGAAUGCAAAUGCCACAGCGUCGACAGUGAAUGCGAAUUACGUCAAAGUAGCAGACACGGAAUCGGACAGCAACAAGGCGGAGCGCAAUCACAAGAAAAAGAGAAAAGAUAAGGAACGCGAUCGUGUGGAUGAAGAGAGGCGUCAUAGCAGCGAUCAACGCAAGGAUCAUUCACGUGAAGAUCGUGAUCGGGACAGCAGCUCAAAAGUGUCCACGGGCGGCAGCAGUAGUAGACGCGGCAGCGAUUAUAAAACUACAUCCACAUCUUCAUCGUCGCGCAGCAAAGACAAAAAGUAUCAUCGAAGCGAUCGAGAGCGGGAGCGCGAAAAAAUUCCAUCGUCAUCAUCAAGUUCCUCAUCACAUUCGCAUCGGCGUCGCAGCUCCGAAAGCAGUCGCAGCAGCAACAACAGUUCCAGCAAACUCAACGUCAUUAAGUCGUCAUCGUCGUCAACUGCAGCGGUAGCAACGGACGAGGUGCUGCAGCCAGCAGUAGUUGCGGCAUUGGAGCAGGAAAUUAAGGUGGAAGGGAAGGAGAUCGUGGUUAAACAAGAAGUACUUACCAGCAGCAAGUCCGUGGACAAUAAUACAAUCAAAAAGGAGCCAUUGCUCAAUGGUGAUGUGAAAACAGAAGCGAGCGCGCAAAAGACACGCGACGAGGUCACGCGACAACUGAAUUUUGGCAGCGCUGAGAAGCCCAAAAUAACAGCCAAUAGUAGCUCGGCCUCUCUGAUGCCGUCGCCAGCGCCAAAAAUCUCAACAUCCAACAGCAAUCAUCAUUCCUCCAGUAGUUCCAGUGCGCGUAAGUCCUAUUCCUCGUCCAGCAGCCAUCACAAGACCGGCAGCUCGUCCAGCUCAUCAUCCUCGCGUCACUCCUCUUCCUCAUCGUCCUCGCGUGAUUGUUCCAAAUGCUAUAAACGCUCCAAAAUUCGACGCAGCAGUGUGGGCGUCCAAUGUAUGCAACAUGCGCCCGUUGCUGGUGCCUGGCAGACGGUGCAGAGUUUGCCACCGGCGCCGAACCGCAAACCACCGCCUGGACUGGAGAAUCUUAAAUACGGACACUACUUUCAAGUAGAACAAUAUCCCAAUGGUGGCGCCUCAAUUGUGCAUUUGUAUCAGCACGAAAUAGAUGAACUCUCACCCGACGAAAUGGAGGAAUUGGUCGACGAGUUCUUUGGCGUUUGUUUUGCCGAAGACGAACAGGGCUAUGCCCAUCAUGUAAUGGGCAUUGUACACGAUGCUGCACGCUAUAUACCCGAUCUGCUAGAACACAUGGCCGAGAACUACUCGACGCUCACCGUCAAGGCUGGCGUUCUAGGGCGAAACUCGGAUAUAGAGACCUGCACAAUGGCACAGUACAACGAACAAGUGAUGCGCAAUUACUGCCAGGGAACCUUUCGUUAUGGACCAUUGCAUCAAAUCAGUUUGGUGGGCAAAGUGCAUGAGGAGGUAGGCGGCUACUUUCCUGAUCUCCUCGGACGCAUCGAAAUGAAUCCGUUUUUGCGCAAGACCAUGCCCUGGGCUGUCAAUUCCAUAUUGCAAACAGAUCCGCGUCAAUCGAAUGACGGUCCCAUACUGUGGAUACGUGCCGGCGAGCAAUUAGUGCCCACGGCUGAGCUAAACAGCAAAACACCACUCAAAAGGCAGCGCACACGCAUCAAUGAGCUGCGCAACUUGCAAUAUUUGCCGCGUUUGUCGGAGGCGCGCGAAACAAUGAUUGAGGAUCGCACUAAGGCGCAUGCAGACCAUGUGGGACAUGGACACGAGCGUAUCACAACCGCAGCAGUUGGUAUUUUGAAGGCUGUGCAUUGCGGCCAACCAUAUACACAGAAUCGUAUUACCAAGGAUGUAGUCGCAUUUGCCGCCCAGGACUUUAACACACUCGUCGAGAUGCUGCAGCUGGACUUGCAUGAACCGCCUAUUUCGCAGUGCGUGCAAUGGAUUGAGGAUGCCAAACUGAAUCAGUUGAGACGCGAUGGCAUACGCUAUGCGCGCAUACAGCUCUGCGAUAACGACAUCUACUUUCUGCCACGCAACAUCAUUCAUCAAUUUCGCACAGUGACGGCAGUGACGAGCAUAGCUUGGCACCUGCGAUUGCGUCAGUAUUAUCCCGGCCAGGAGGUCAUCAACGAGAAAAAUAAUCCAGUGUUGGCCGAAACACCACACUAUAAGGAGAAACAAACCAUAUUGCCGCAUCCGAUUGGCCAUGACGAGGGCGGCAAGAAGACUCCUUCGAAGCGGGCUCACGAUGGCAAAGCGAAACGCAAGCUCAUCGAUUUGGAUGGAAAGGAACGUCGCUCGAGUGAGAGCAGCAUUGAGGAUACAACGAAGGAAGUGGGCAGUGCCUCGCCCACUUUAAACAACAACAAUAACAACAAUAGCAACUGCAACAGCGGCAGCAGCACGCCCAAAAGAAAAGCGACCAAAGACGAUGCAAAAAUAGAUAUGCGGAAAAUGGUGCUGGACCACUCCUUUAAGUUGACCAAAGCGGCGGCAGCCGCACAUGACAAGGAGAAGCCCAAGCCCAAGGAGAAGUCCAGUAAGCAGAGCACUAACAAGUCCCGCAGUCGCAGCAGAGAGACAACACCGAGCAAGAAGACGAAGGAGCCAGAAAAGCAAACCGAAAACUGCACGCCGGCCAAAGUGUCGCGUCUUGCCAUUGAGGCAACCAAUCAAUCAACCAAUGCCCUGCCAGUGGUGGCAACGCCCUCGCCCUCACCAAUAAAAACCACAACGACGACACCAGAGACGCCACCUAGUGUGCCGCCCGGCCUGCCGCUGCCUUUAGUGCCUCAAACGCCGUUAAUACACCGCGACGCCUACAUAAAUAAUUUAAAUCAAAAAGCGCCCGAAAUCAAAAUACAACUCAAAAUGGUAUCUGAUGCACCGCCAGCAGUAUCGGCAGCCACAGAAACGACAAAAGCAAACGAUGUCACGCCUAUUGGCAAUGCCUUAGCUGAGUCGGCUUUGCUGCCCGCCUGUCCCAUGGAAGUGGCCCAUGAGCUCAGCGUAGAGAGUACGCCACAACUAAUUGUGGAUCAUGAGGAGGAGGUGAUGGGGGAGGAAAUCGUGCACAUGGAUAUUCCAAGUGAUACACCCACGCCUAUGCCAGCGCAGGCGCCACCGCCACCGCUGCCGAUACAUGCCGCCCAGCUGGUUAAGGUGGUGCUGCCCACUGUAUUGCCGCCUUUGCCGCCGCUGCCACCUUCCUGCACAAUUGCACCGCCGCCGCCACCUCCACCGCCAGCCCAACUACCUUCAACCAUACCCUUAUCCACACCAUCAAGCACACCCACACCUGCCCUAAAGCCCGCCUAUAAUACCUUCAAUUUGCCCUCACAUAAGAUCAUCAUAGCCGGCGGCACGAGAACCGUAACAGCAAAGACAUCAGCCACACCAGUAGACCUGCUCGGCUCCAUAAUGGCCAGCAUGGACAAGCCUAAGAUUGUGGGCACAACCACUCACAAUAGCUCGGCUACAUCAUCAGCUUCAUCAGGAGGUGGAGCCACAGCCACAACGAAUCCAUAUGCCAACUCCAAUAACACAUACUGAACUGGAGGGUCAGCAAUCGAGGCUGUAGACAUUAUGCUGGAAUACUAUAUUAACCUUCAGAAUUGGAUCACUGACCAUUUCCAAUUCAAUAAGGAAUUGUUCCCCAUAUAAUAUUUAAGUGGAAAAUGAAUUUAAACAAUUUAAGCGAUCAGUGAUCAAAGUUCUCUGCGUUCAAAGUGUCCUCACAAGCCUUGCAAUAUCUUUGGAACUAUUGGUGCGAUUUUAAUUGCAAUUUCAUAAAAUGAUUGUUAAUUUUUUGUGUGAGCCUGUUUUUCAAAGGUCUCCUUUUAUAACUAUUAGAUUUUUUGUACUUUCGGUGCAGGGUAUUGAAAACUUUGUCCGCGUAUUUUAAGACAAACCUAUGCAAGUAAUAUUAAUAUAGAGACUAUGGAAGUUUUAUGAAAUCAUACAAUUUGUUCCAAAGAUUUGACAAUACUUUUGUGGGAUAUCCCAGUUCUUCAGCUCGCAAGAAACCUGAACUUCGCAUAAUGUUUCAUUUGUUUAUAGAAUUAUUAUUAUUUUAUUUACCUAAGCGCAUGUGUAUUCGUUUAACGAAAGGCUUGAGCUCACUUAACACUUUUUAUUGUACAUAGCAAGACAUAUAUAUGUAUGCACACACACACACACCCUAUAUUUGAUAAUUGAUUGUAGUUUUUAAGCUCAAAUUGGAAACCCCUUUUAGUCAUGUAGUUUUUUUAUUUAUUUACACGAGAGUCGAUGCAGAACGAAAAAUCAAGACAGUUGCCCACGUUUAUAUAUAACAAUUGUACUUUAAACAGCAUAUUAUAUAUUUUAAAUGUAUGUACUUUAUUUGAUAUGUUUACAUAUGCCACUUUUUUAUGUAUUACUAUUUUGCAUCUGCACAUUGGUGAAGUUUUUAAAUGCAUCGCAAUGCAAAAAGAAUCGAAAAAACCCCAGUGUUUUCUUUUCUCUUUUCUCGAUGACGACUAUUUUGUGAAGCGUGUUUGAAGAAAGUGCAUAACACAAUACACCUUACACACAUAUUAUUAUUAUACAUACAAGCUAAAAAUUAUGAUACGAACCGCAUAUAUGAUGUAAACUGUAGUUUUUAAACGCCCAUGUAGCUUAAACGUUGAUGAAACAAUAAAGAUUCAAAACGUAAAAAAUCUGCGA